UGACACGCCACUGCAUAAAAUUUCACAUGUGAAACAUCAAACACUUCAAAAAAUACAAUAAAUAUUGAUAUGAGUCGAACUCCAGCAGUUAUAGACCGUCAUUUAGAGGCACUAGACUUUAAUUCAGAUGGUGGUCUCCUGCUAGGUGCAGGAACUUUAACUGGCCAGUACUGGUAUGGUUCACUCUGGUACUUUAGCGACCCAGAAGAUGCUCCGUAUAAAGAGAAAUGUACUGCUGGAAUUCAGGUCGAAUCUGGCGUGACUGAUGUGAAAUGGCUAACAGGGACUACACUCGCUCAUAGCUCAGAUACUGCAAACCUUGACAUUUGGGGGUUGACAACUGAUGAGACUGAAGGUACUCUUUUCACACCCGUCAGUCAACUUUGUGGCCAUGACGAUAUUGUGACAUCACUAGAUGUCUUUAGUGGUGGAGCCAAUCAGAUCAUCAGCAGUAGUAUAGAUAAAUGCAUCAACAUAUGGGACGUUGGGGAGAGUUGUCUAUUGAAGAGCUACAAGGGGCACCAGGACCAUGUCUUACAAGUUUCUGCACACCCAACUGAUGAGAACCUCUUCCUAUCAUGUUCCUUGGAUGGUCGUGUUCUGUUAUGGGAUAGGAGGAAACAAAAGGCAGCUUCUAUAUUAGAUAUAUCCCCCUGUAAAGGCACACCAACAUGCAUAACAUGGGACCCAGUCCAAGCCAGCAUGUAUGCUUUUGGAGACAACACAGGAGCUGUGACAUACAAGGAUGUUAGACAGAACAUUGGCCAAGCAAACACCAGUCAGCCACAUACUGGCAAGAUCCACCGUGUUAGAUUCUCAAAGACCAAUCCAACAUGGCUAGGGUCUGUGUCUGAUGAUUGCACAGUAGUCGUAUCAGAUAUGUCCUCAUCUCCUGCCUCUAUACUGUCUCGUGAUGCCAAUAACAGUGACUUUGUUCAUGGAUUAGCGUGGUGUCCUAAGUCGAACAAACUUUAUACAUGUGGAUGGGAUUUCAACGUUACCUCAUUAGACAUUGCCAAAAGUGACAUUCAAAAAAGUCAAAUGAAAAAUAAACUGAAUGGUGCUGCCAUCUCUGGGGAAUCUCAGCCUUUGGAAAAUCACACAAAAGAUGGAGACACUGCCAUGGAAAAUGUGUUGGAUUUCCUGUCGAUUAUGCGGGAUGUGCAUUGUAUUAAACGUGAGGCAUCUCUAUUAAGGAAACAACUACUGUGCAAUGCUUAG